AUGGACAACCUGCGGUGCAACAGACUCACGUGUCGACGGACACUGAGCGACAAGGCGGUCGUCGUGAGCUCUCAUAUAUUCUGCGUUGAUUGCGCCAAUGAGCUGUUCAACGCAUCUAGGCUGUGUCCAGCCUGCGAAACAUCCUUGACUGAACCAGACGAUGUCGUGGUUUCUUCAUUGAAUCCCUCCAAUGAUUACAAGACUUCUGUUCUGUCCGGUUUGAACCCUACCAUUAUCCUUGAAAUCUGUAGCAGAGCGCUGUCAUUCUGGCAAUACCAACUGCAUCAGGAGUAUUCCUUCCAGCAAGCGCUGUAUAAGAAUGUCACGGAGAAGAACGCUCAGCUCGAGAAGAGACUGGAAAACGUUAUAAGAGAAGCAAAUGGAGAGAUCAGCCUUCUCACGAACAAAAUGUCAGAUAUGGGACGGGAAGUGGAAACAGAACGUCGCAAGUCAGCCGGUCUCCAAGAUAGCCUGAAAGAAAACGAGAAAGAGUACCACAAGCUCAAGGUCGGCAGACCGCCUGUAGAAGCAUGCUAUCAUCUGACCGUCUUAUAG